CUCUUAUCCUAGAAAAUCAGAAUUCUUCGGAAUCCUAAAAAAACCCUAGAUUCUCUACGAUCCAAAUCUUUACUUUUUUCUUUGUUCGAUUUUUUCAAGUCUUUUGAGUUGUUGAUUUUACGAUGGCCGGAAAAGGAGAGGGACCAGCGAUCGGAAUCGAUCUCGGAACCACGUACAGUUGCGUCGGAGUUUGGCAGCACGACCGUGUCGAGAUCAUCGCCAACGAUCAGGGGAACCGAACGACGCCGUCUUAUGUGGGGUUUACUGAUACCGAGCGUUUGAUCGGUGACGCGGCUAAGAACCAGGUCGCGAUGAACCCUAUCAACACUGUUUUCGAUGCAAAGCGGCUAAUUGGUAGGAGAUUUAGUGACGCCUCUGUUCAGGGAGACAUGAAGUUAUGGCCUUUCAAGGUUGUUGCCGGCCCUGGUGACAAGCCCAUGAUUAAUGUUACUUACAAAGGUGAAGAGAAACAGUUUGCUGCAGAAGAAAUCUCGUCUAUGGUUCUAGUCAAGAUGCGAGAGAUUGCAGAGGCUUAUCUUGGGAUAACAAUUAAGAAUGCUGUUGUUACUGUGCCAGCAUACUUCAACGACUCUCAGAGACAGGCCACAAAGGAUGCUGGGGUCAUUGCUGGCCUUAAUGUGCUUCGUAUCAUCAAUGAGCCUACUGCUGCUGCCAUUGCAUAUGGUCUUGACAAGAAGGCAACCAGUGUUGGUGAAAAGAAUGUGUUGAUUUUCGAUCUUGGUGGAGGUACUUUUGAUGUCUCUCUACUUACAAUUGAAGAAGGGAUAUUUGAGGUGAAGUCUACUGCUGGAGAUACCCAUUUGGGUGGUGAGGAUUUUGAUAACAGGAUGGUGAAUCACUUUGUUCAGGAGUUCAAGAGGAAGAACAAAAAAGACAUCAGUGGAAACCCAAGAGCUCUUAGGAGGUUGAGGACAGCUUGUGAGAGAGCAAAGAGGACUCUCUCGUCCACUGCUCAGACUACCAUUGAGAUUGACUCGCUCUUUGAGGGUAUCGACUUCUAUUCCACCAUUACCCGUGCUAGGUUUGAAGAGCUUAACAUGGAUCUGUUUAGAAAGUGUAUGGAGCCGGUUGAGAAGUGUCUGAGAGAUGCAAAGAUGGACAAGAGUACUGUCCAUGAUGUGGUCCUUGUGGGUGGUUCUACUAGGAUUCCCAAAGUUCAGCAGUUGUUGCAAGACUUCUUCAAUGGAAAGGAACUGUGCAAAAGCAUCAACCCAGACGAAGCUGUUGCUUAUGGAGCAGCUGUGCAGGCGGCUAUUCUUAGUGGUGAGGGUAAUGAGAAGGUGCAGGACCUAUUGCUUCUUGAUGUGACUCCUCUGUCCCAGGGUCUGGAAACAGCUGGAGGUGUGAUGACUGUGUUGAUUCCCAGGAAUACAACAAUUCCAACAAAAAAGGAGCAGGUUUUCUCUACUUACUCAGACAAUCAACCCGGUGUCUUGAUUCAAGUCUUUGAGGGUGAAAGGGCGAGGACUCGUGAUAACAACUUGCUGGGCAAGUUUGAGCUUUCAGGCAUUCCUCCAGCACCAAGGGGAGUACCUCAGAUCACUGUUUGCUUUGACAUCGAUGCUAAUGGCAUUCUCAAUGUCUCUGCUGAGGACAAGACUACAGGCCAGAAGAACAAGAUUACAAUCACUAAUGACAAGGGAAGGCUGUCCAAAGAGGAGAUCGAGAAGAUGGUUCAAGAAGCUGAGAAGUACAAGUCAGAAGAUGAGGAGCUCAAGAAGAAGGUGGAAUCAAAGAAUGCCCUGGAGAACUAUGCUUAUAACAUGAGGAACACUAUCAGAGAUGAGAAGAUUGCUUCCAAGCUUGACGCUGCAGACAAGAAGAAGAUUGAAGAUGCAAUUGAGCAAGCCAUUCAAUGGCUGGAUGGGAAUCAGCUUGCCGAGGCUGAGGAAUAUGAUGACAAGGUGAAGGAGCUUGAAGGCAUUUGCAAUCCCAUCAUUGCCAAGAUGUAUCAGGGGGGUGCUGCUCCCGACAUGGGUAUGGGUGGAGGCAUGGAUGAAGAUGUUCCUCCUGCUGGUGGCAGUGGUGCUGGUCCCAAGAUCGAGGAAGUUGAUUAAGGAGUUUUCUUUUGAUUCAUUAGUUGUGUUUCUGCUCUGGGAUGGGGAGGCGUUAUAGGUGUUUAAGCUUUUGUUUAAGGUAGUUUUGUUCGGCCUUGCGCUGAUGUGUUUGUAUAAGUUUUAAACUUCUUUAAUGGUUUUUAUCCGUGAAAUCUAUAUACAUUGUGUUCUUGAUAAUUUCUGCUAA